AUGUCAGGUACAUUAGAGAAUGUUCCACGAUGUGAAAGACUUUGUCAGUAUUAUGGUUGCAAAGUAUGUCCGGAAGGAGUGAUUUUGUAUCGGUGUCAAGGAACCCCAUGUCGAGGACAUCAGUUUGAAGGAGCAGUAUGCAGAAACAACUAUUGUGGUGGUGCAUGUAGUCGUCUAUGGUAUGAAAACGGAAUGGACGUCACGAAACGGUGUGAAUUCCAUUGUCCAGGUAGCAAUGAUUGUUUACCAGGAGUAUUUCCAGUGCCAUGUAAGAGAAAUCCAUGUGAAGGACAAAGCUGUACAGGCCAUCCAAACGCCAAAUGUUGUCCGGUAUAUUGUGGAGGAUGCCAUGCCUUGUGGUAUGUGAAUGGUGAGAAAGUCACAUGCCAAAAAUAAAGAAGAGAAUGAAUUGUCUAUCAAUAAAACAC